UAGUAUUGUUGUAUUUAAUCUAAAUGUCUGCCUUCCUGUACAAUUUAAACUCCAUAUGUACGGUUCUAACACUUGAACCCAUGUUUAAGUGUUUCUAAGUGUUGUAAUGUACGUACCCAUCAUGUGAUAUUUUCAUAUGCGCCAUACUGGAAGCAUUCAUUUACCACUUAAGUCAAAUACUCUCAUAUAUUUCAGAUUUAAAUGCACCUUUAUUUCAUUUCUUGUCGUUUGGAAUGUAAUGUCACAGUGCUCAAUGUCUGAUGGUAGCCUGCUCAACCAUGACUACAAAAGUUUCCCCCCACAAGUUGACUGAUGCUGUUAAUUAUCAUUUCGACAGGAAACCUGCAGUGCUGUGAGCGGUCUGCUCACUUCCUGUCACCCAAACAUAGACACUUUUACAGUCAAGAUAAAAGCAACGCAGAUGCAAUAGGUCCCCCCCAGUGUAGUAUAGAGAAAUUCUUAUCAUUUCAUGCAUUGUGUUAAGCCAUCUACAGGUUUAGCUGAAGGCGCUGUGUUUAUUGUCAUUUACGUGGGUGUAAAUUAAUCAGAAAAAUCUUCUUACGAUCCAAAGAAUACAAGGAGCAAAAAAACAGCCUGUGACUGUGACCCCAAGCCAGUGGGAAUUUUCCAUCGAGUGAAGGCAUGGGUGCAUCUGUAGCAUCCUAUCAAACUGUCAUAAUCCUUUCAUUCUGCCUGUUGGGCCUGAUUGCAUUGCUCAUCUUCUUGUACAAGAAAUUGAACAAGGAGAAUAACGGAGUAUACACCAUCCGAAACAUGGUGUAUAAGGAAGGAGGGUUCAGAGACCAGGUGAGAGGUGCAGCCCAGGCUGUGGGGACACGCCUCGGUAUCCAGCUCUGGCCUCACAGCGACACUGAUGAGUAUGGAGAGGAGAUCCAAGAUGAGGAGGCACAGGUGGAGGAGGGUGAUAGCCAGGGGAGCCACAGUGAAGGAGGCGACCAUGAGGAGGAGGAGGAGGAGGAGGAUGUGGAGCAACAUGGAGAGGGAGAGACAGGUGGAGAUGGGGACCACACCUCAGAUGAUACCACAAGUUUGGAGAGUGUGGAAGUAGGGGAGCAAACUAGGCUAACAGGGCAGCCAGAGGCAAAGGACAGAAUGGAGGAAAAAAGGGAGGAAACAGAAGAGAAAGAAGCAAAAGAGGGAAAUAAAGGACUGUUAAUAGACCUUAAGCAGUUCUCUGGAAGUGCCAUCUGGUCUGGAGAAGAAGGAGGAAACAGAGAUGUGACUGCACUGUGAAUCCACUGAGAAAGUACAAAAUGAAUCAGAUGAAGGCUCAGGGAAAUAGUUAAGGUUACAAUUCUGAUGUAAAAAAGUAGUAAUAGUAAAAUAAAAAUAAUGAAUAAAAAUAAUGUUGAAUAUAAAAACUGGAACCAGCCUUUCAGUUUGUGUCCGAGUUUACAUUUUGUUAUUAGCUACACAUUACCAGUUUCUGUUUUUUUCUGGGCCUUUGGAUGUGCUUCUCUAUUCCAGUUUUUAAAUCGGACUUGUGUCACUUGCAUGUGGUCCUCCAUAGGAUAUACUGUAUAUCCGACACAUGGUCACGUAAGAUGAGCACGAAGAAGCCAAACAAACAUCUGAUGUGUAUUGAAUCAGAAUUGAACAACGUUGCCUUCAUAUGUCAGCCUGAAUAUAAUUGUAGCAGAGUUUUUUAUUAUUAUUGCUGUAAGUUGUUUUUUUUUCACCCUAAAAAAU